AUGUUUUCAAGGAAAAAUUGGGAUGGUCGAACUCUUGAUACAAAACCCGGGAUCUACACGCAAUACAAAACGUUUUUAAAUAAGGACAAGGGUGUCGCCAAGAAAUUGUUGAAAGGAGAUCGACCGUCAGAGGUUCAAUGUAAUAUAUUACGUAGACACUUUCUUGAGUUGACUCAAAGCUUCAUGAUUCCACUGGAGAGAUAUCUCUCAUCUCUGAUGCCGCUGCGUAAGGAAAUGUCGCCAUUUAAGGCUAUUCCUAGUGCACGCCCAUUCUCUAUUGAGGAGUUCCUACUGACAGUCGAUGCUAAUGGUCCAUCAUUAACUUGCGGAGUGAAAGGAGACUGGCCAGGCCUAUACCGCCGCUUUGUAAGCAGUCCGAAUUUCGUUGGUUGGCUGUCGAGCCGUACACGUGAUGUGAAUGCUCAACUCAAAGCACAGUACGUGGAGGCACUGUGUUCUGCAGACUUGGGAGAGAAGGUGUUGGCAACGAAACAUCAUGUGGAAAUCGUGGAUUUAGUGUUGAGAGUUCGACAGCGAAUUAUCGAAAUGGAAGAAGCAAGUGAGAAAAGACAUCAGUUGGUGCGUCAAAUCGCCUCCAUACUUGCGGGUGUUGACGAAGAGCUGAAACAGGUGCUGAUGUCGAAUUGUUCGCUCCGUGAGAUUGUAUCAUAA